AUGCAAAGCUUCAAUCCAACCGAAUCAGAAUCAACCUCACCACUCUAUUCCCAUUCCUCCUUCUUUCACCGGGGAAAUGACACCAGCCGAAAUCCCACGCGUUUCUCGGAUUUUCAGCAUUCUUUUCGACAGCUCGAUGCUGUUGAUUUAAGCUCAAGUUCUGUGUUUGGUGCAAAGUCGAACAAUGUGGCUGUUAUUGCAAGCAACUUGCAGUGUGGGGCAUUCGACACGAACCUUGGAGGUGCAGAGUUUGCUUCGGCAGUUGGAGGGAGUGUUGAGACAGAGCGGCAACACAUGUAUCAGAGAGGAACAAACAACGCCACCAUGUCCAUGGGGAGCCAGUAUGUUGAGAAAUGGGCAGAUGAUAGCCAACACACUGAAGAUACUUGCACAGACAUCGACACCGAUGACAAGAAUCAAUGUUUUUCAACCGUGUCUUGGGGCAAUGGAGUUGGGGACGGGGCACUUGUAGUCGUGGACUCCCAGGAUCAAAGUACAAUUAAAGCUGAAGACCAUAAGACUGUACGUAGGCUAGCUCAGAAUCGGGAGGCUGCAAGGAAGAGUCGGUUGAGGAAAAAGGCAUAUGUGCAACAGUUGGAGAACAGUCGAGUUAGGCUUGCACAAUUAGAGCAAGAGGUUCAGCGGGCACGUCAGCAGGGUGUUCUUAUUGCAACUGGAAUCUCGGGGGAUCGCGGUCAUUCAGUUGUUGGAAAUGGCGCGUUAGCAUUUGACAUGGACUAUGCCCGUUGGGUUGAUGAGCAUCAACGGCUGAUCAAUGACUUAAGAUCAGCUAUAAAUUCUCGAGUGGGUGAUAAUGAACUGCAUCUUCUUGUUGAUGGAGUCAUGGCACAUUAUGAUGAAUUAUUCAGGUUGAAGAGCAUAGGGGCUAAGGCUGAUGUAUUUCACAUACUUUCUGGGAUGUGGAAGACUCCUGCAGAAAGAUGCUUCAUAUGGCUUGGUGGAUUUCGUUCAUCCGAACUUCUCAAGAUAGUUAGAAACCAGCUUGAGCCAUUAACAGAAGAGCAGUUAAUGGGCAUUUACAAUCUGCAACAGUCUUCCCAGCAGGCUGAGGAUGCAUUAUCACAAGGCAUGGAAGCAUUGCAGCAGUCUCUUUCAGAGACACUUUCGUCCUCUACCCAAGGACCCUCUGCUUCUGGAAAUGUUGCCGAGUACAUGGGCCAAAUGGCUAUUGCAUUGGGCAAGCUUGCCACACUAGAGAGUUUCCUUCAUCAGGCUGAUCUCUUGAGGCAACAAACUCUGCAACAGAUGCGUCGAAUUUUGACCACGUUCCAAGCUGCGCGUGCACUCCUCGUCAUAAAUGAUUACGUUUCACGACUCAGAGCUCUUAAUUCGUUAUGGUUAGCGUGCCCUAGAGAGUACUAG